CAGACCGCGACGGCCUGUCGGCUUAUGCGGCGCUUGGGCUCUGGCUCCCUCCGCCAUGGGUGGCGGCAGCUCGGUGGUGCGGAGGUGUCCCUGGAGUAUGGCAGUGCUGGCGCUCUUGCCAGCAGCUGCCAUGGACAAGCAUCAGCACUGCGCAAGCUGGGCCGAUGCUGGGGAGUGCGAGGCCAACCCGGACUUUAUGUGGGAAAGUUGCGAAGCCAGCUGCAGCAAAGGCCAUCCAAAACCGGCGGCUCAGGCGGAGCCGGAGUCGGCGGCUCCGCGGCAGGAGGUGAGGUGUCGGAGCUGGGUGAAGGCCGGCGAGUGCCAGACCAACGCUGACUUCAUGCGGCGGAUGUGCCCUUCCAGCUGCCGAGGUGAUGAAGAGAGCCCCCUCGAGAACAAGGAGCCCGCGCCUUCCAAGUCUCCGGACGCUGCGCCCGUUCCGGAUGCGCAGGAGGCCGCCCUUAGGGCCAAAGCCAAAGCCAAAGCAGAGCAGCAGCUGCAGGAGCAGAUCAAGCGCCGGGCAGAGCAGCUCAAGGCUCAGAGGGCCGAGAUACCAGCCAAGGCGCCCCAGGAGCUCCCCCAGGAGCUCCCCCAAAACCUCUCCCAGGAGCUCCCCCAGGAACUUCCCCAGGAGCUCCCGCAAAAGCUCCCGCAGGAGCUCCCGCAGGAGCUCCCCCGGGAGCUUCGCCAGGAGCUCCCCCAGGAGCUCAAGGUGGAGCCCCAAAAGUCGCAGGAAGCUGCGGUUAGACCGAAGGCGGCUCCGAUGGAGCCAAAGGAGCCGAAGCCUUGGCAGAUGCCGGCACCUUCAGAUGUGGAUGACGAGAGCAUCCGAUGCCAGCGCGAAAAGUUUGACAUCGCGCGGCAGCUCGAUGACGCCCAUGCUCGCGAACAGAGUGUCCGCGAACGCGGGGAGGCCGCCCACAGCCGUGCAGAGCAGGCGGAGCAGAGGCACCGUGACUGCCUCAAGGACCUUUCGGAGGCCAAUCAUGAGCGGCAAAGGAUGAAAGCUCAGCAGAAUGACGGGGUGGCCGAACACUACGAGCAGAGGAUGGAGGAACUGCGGGCGAAGCUCAAGGCUGACUUCGAGAAACAGAAGGCAAAGCUACAGAAGGAGUGCAGCAAGAGGGAGUUUCAGCUCCAGGAGCAUGCUCGGGCUGCCACGCGGCGUGCAGAGGAGGCAGAGGCGCAGGUGUCAGGCCAAGUAAUCGGCCUGGAGCGUCUGGCCGCGGAGCAGCGGGCGGCAGAGCAUGCGCAGGAGGCACAGGCGGCAGAGCAAGCCCGUCUGAAAGUCGAAGAGGCCUACCGCGUGGAGGGACUGCGGGCCGCGACGCGCGAGCAAGAGCUGACCCAACUCCUUGCCGAGGCGGAGGUCAAACUGAAGAGCCUGCAGCAGCUGCCAGAGGUUCAAGCGGAUCCGGAGCUAAAGGCCCACCAGCUGUGUGAGGGUCCAGCUCCAG